AUGGCCGGCCCCGGUGGCAUGGAGGCGGUGCGCGCCCAGCUGCUCCGCUUCCGCGUGCCUGAGCUGCAGGAGGUGGCGGAGCGCCUGCGCCUGGACAAGCGCGGGCGCAAAGCCCAGCUCCAGUCCCGCCUGCUGGCCUACCUGGGCCUGGAGGAGGGGGUGGACGGCCCCGCCCCCACCCUGGAGCAGUGGAAGCUGGAGACCGCGAUCCGCACCCCGGACACGUACAUGGCGGAGGUGCUGGCGGCGGUGUCGCGCUUUCCAGACAUCGAAGAGGUGGAGCUGGGGGCCGACGGGCGGUGGCGGCCGGUGGGCCGGGCCUGCGGACCCUUCGACAUCGGGGACGGCGUGGAGGGCGCCGCGGCGGCGAUCGCUGGCGCGGCGAGCGGCAUGCCCGCGGGUUCGGCGAGGGUGAAGGCGGAGGCCGACGCGGCGGAGGGCGCGCCGGGCAGCGGCGGCGACGACGGCGCCGCGAGCCUCGCCGUGGACAGCGAGACCGACGAGGAGGAGGAGCUGCGGGCCGCCGCGGCCGCCGUGAAGAACCUGGCCAGGCCCCAGAAACGGGCGGCGCCGGAGGUCAUCGACUUGCUAGACUCCUCGGACGACGAGAUGGCGGCGGCCAGGGCCCCACGGCCAGUCCCGCCCGCCACAGCGAAUGCACGGGCCCCGCCCCCCUCGCCGCCGACCAUGGAGUCGAGUGGCUCUGGGGCCUCCCGCUACCAGCAGCCCAGCGCGCCCUCAGGCGCCUCCACCUCCCUCCGCCCGCUGUCCCAUGCGGCCCCGGCGCCGCCGCACUCACGCGUGCUUGGGAGUGUGGAGGCAGGCCAGCAGCAGGGGGAUCCCCCCGGCUCCUGUCUCCAGCCAACCAGCGGCUUCACGCUGGCCAGUGGCGGCGGGGACGGCAGCUCGGGCUUCCUCCCUCCACGCUCAUUGGCGGCCCCCGCCGGCAACCCGGUGUGUACCCCGCCCCUCCCGCUGGCACCUCCAAACGAGGUCACACUGCCCGUGCCCAGGCAGGUCGGCGCGUCCCGCCUGCGCCUGCCGCCGCAGCCGCCGCACCACCUGCCCGACCACCUGUUGGACGCGGCGGCCGGCGCGCAGCUGUCACCCAGCACGCGUGCGGCGGCCAACGCGGCGCGCGAGGCGGCGGCCGCCAGCCGGGCAUUUGGCGCCGUGCCGAUGCACGGCUUGGGGCCCCCGGACUGGGCUGGCCUGCAGGCGUCGGGGUACGACGCGUGCAUGGCGCCGGCCUCAGGCGCGCUGCCGACCUGGGACCCGUUCCAGGCGCUGGCGCGAGGCAAGAAGAAGCUAGUGCAUGGCGGGCGCAGCCAGGCCUGGCUGGAUCGCCAGGACUCAGACACACGCCUGAUCAUGGAGGAUCUACUGGAAAAUUCUGCCUUUGAGGACAUCGUGAAACCCUCGACUUCUGAGGGAGGGUACUCGUCCAAUAUCAGCUACAAGGCCGACCUGUCCAUGGAGACGACCGAGGCGAAGCGGGCGGCGCGGUCGAUGGCGCGCGGCUUCGACCUAGCUGCGGUCGACGCCUACUUCCGGCACGCUGUUGAGACGGGGCUGGAGCGCGGCGACCUGCCCGGCGUGAAGCGGCUGGAGCUGUGCCAGGUGCGCGCCCUGGCCUCCCUGUACGGCCUGGAGAUCGGCGGCUCGCCCUCGCAGCCAGCCUUCGCGGCCACGCCGCGUACCGUGCUGCCGGCGGGGCGCGCGGCGGCGGCCGCGGAGAUCAUGCUGCACCAGUUCUCGCUGCGCGCUCGGUUUGGGGCCGCACUCUUGCUGGCCGAGGGCAAAGCCACCGGGAAGGAGAAAGCGGGGCGCCGCGACUCGCGCGAGUCGGUGGUGAACCGAUUCGCGGAGGUGUAUGCGCGGGAGCUGGGCCUGCGCGCGCCGCGCUGGGACGAGGAGCUCGUCGGCGAGCGCGCCGUGGCCGCGCGGCGGCUGGCCGCGGAACUGGGGCGCGGGCGGCCGGGCGCGGAGGAGGCGGUGCAGGCGCUGGUGGAGCGCGGGGAGGUGAUAGCGGUGGGGAAGAAGGCCGCGAAGAAGAAGAAGGCGGCGGGAAAGCACCCCUCCAUCCCACCUGCAGGCCUGGCAGCCAAGCCCAUGGUGCGUUUCGUUUCGGCGGGGACGCUGCUAGACAACGGGCCGUCCAUUCUGCAGCCGCUGAAGCCGGCCACGUGGGAGGACGGGGCGGGCGAGGCUGCACAGGCGCACCCAGACUCCGGAGCCAGCAAAGCAAGGCUGGUGCUGGAUGCGAGGCUGGCGGGCGGCGAGGGCCUCGCAGCCGAGCUGCUGCCCGUCCUGGAGGACACUGCAGGGGGAGGCGGGGAAGGAAGUGCACCCUUGUACCAUAGCACGGCGCGGGGAUUGGCGCUUCGCAGGGCGGCGGCGGUGGCGGCGGUGACUGCACCCAUGCAGCAGCUGUCACUGGGGUUGACCAAGGGGCCUGGACUUGUGACCCUGGCGGGUUCAGACGAGGAGGUGAGCGCUCUUUUGGCGCUGCAGCCCAUGAUGACGAAGCAGGAAGCCAAGGCGGCCCGCAAAAAGGCGGCCCGCAAGGAGAAACUGGCCCUUGAAGGGCGGGCGGCGGCGGGUCUGCCACCACCGCCCAAGGCCCCCCAGCAUGGGGGAGGGGCCAGGAUCGAGGCCAUCCCCUUGCCACCCCGGAAGGAUAAGCAGAAGGUGGCCAAGAACAUGGGUUACGGCCAGUUCGAGCGGCACACCACCGGCAUCGGGUCCAAGCUCCUCAGCAAGUGGGGCUUUGCGGGCGAAGGUGCUGGGCUGGGCAAGGACGGAGUGGGGCUGACAGAGCCGCUCCUGGUGUCGCAGCGUGCGAGGCAGCGAGGAUUGGGGGCGUAG